AUGAUCUCGGCACGCAUGAAUUACUCUCCAGAAUGCGAACAGGCUGUGAAUGAGGUCAUACAAAUGCACCAAGCGGCCAGUCUGACAUACGAUCAUUUGGCCGCUAUUUGUGCUAGCGAACAAACGAACAUGCCCGGAUUCUGUAAAUUCUUUCGUCUAUGCAGUCUCCGGACGCGAUCCAUUGCUCAAUAUUGGAUCCGCUGGCAAACCAUGCGCGGUGGAAAAGCCUGUCUUGGUCAGGUUCGACCACUGUUCGAUGUGAAUGAAUUCUGGAAGAGCGGACUCAAUUCCCUCGUCCAAUUGGCUGUGGACACGGAGCGUAAAUUGGAACAACAAUGGCGCAAACUGCACCAGUUGAUGCAAAAUAAGAGUGACAUUGCCGGAUUCGAGCUAGUUGAGCACGAGCAUUUGCAAAAUCAGGUCCGUGUGAUUGAUCUGUUGGUCUCGCAUUGCAAUGGACUGCAUAUGAGCCAAUGCCCGUACAUGUAUGACCGAGGAACUAUGCUCGAAUUAUGUAAGCAAAUUCGCCGUGCGGUUCACCGUUCCCAGGAACAGUGUGAUGAAUCCAAAAACACAACCCAUCAUUGUGAAGAAAAUGUCCUAUCUUUUGUUAGCGGGAUUUCUGGCAAAUAUUUGUAA